AUGGGUCAGAUGGUUUCAUCUGUCAUCGACAGUAUCCAAAAUGAUGCAGAAAAGCAGAGGUUGGCGAACGAUGCCUUGAACCAAAUGGAGGAGCUGGGUAACCAACAGGUUGAAUCUUUCAUGCUGGCUGUCACUAACAGGGCAGUGGACGCAAAGUUGAUCCCCGUCGGUCAGAUUAUGCAUCAAGAGUCGAUCGUGCGAUGCGGCAUCUCCAACACACCCGACGACAUUGGCAAAGAGAUCACCGAUGCCUUUGGCUCGUUUGUCAAAGGGGACUUGGCAAAAGGAAUAAGUACUGUAGUCCAAGACGGCAUCAAGGCCCUUGUUGGUUCAUAUGAAGGAAACAAGUCGACACGGACUAGCUAUACUAUCACGACUGGAGACCUGGGAGGUAUCCAAAGGGUUGACAUUCGAAUGUUUGCCUGGCGGUAUUCGUCUAAGCAACUAAUAGAUAUCACGAAAGAUAUGAUCGCCGUGGCUGUUAUCAUCUCAUCCGUGGACCCCAAACUCGUCACCGACUUUUCCAUUCGAACCUUGAUCCAAGAACAAUAUGGGAAUCUUCCGCUAGACCAACAACAAGCCCUGCUCAAAACAAUUCUGGACGCGAAAAAAGAAGCAUCAUCGGUGUGA